UUGAGACCGGUAGCCAUCCUGAUUACGCAACUUCUCAAGCGAUUUUUGAACUUUACGCGCGAGGAAGAGGACUUUGCCGCUCGUCAUAGUGACGUCAAUGAUUGCGUCUUGCUUUCUGAUUGGUUUAGAAACCUCUCAGAAGCCAACACAGCUGGCAAGAGGACAACAAAUAUGCCGCGGAAACUGAGAUCCACAAGCUCUGGUGACAAACCAUCAGUUGUCAGGAAGCAUGAUGACCCCACAAGUACAUCUCAAGAGGCUGGUGGUGCACCAUCAUCAAGAAGCUACAGUAGUGAACCAGGCCCAUCUACAUCUCGACAAACUGAUGCUGCACGUUUAAGAAGAGGGAGCAACUACUCCCAUACAGGAGAUGGCAAAUCACAGACUAGGUCUUUUCUGGAUCUCCUUGAUGAAAGUGACUUCAGUGAGAGUGAUGAUGACUGGCUACCCGAGGCAGUGACGUCAUCUGGGAGACUAAUUGGAGUUGAAGAAGCUGUCACUUCUUCGGACUCGGAUUCUGAAGAGGAUCUCCAGGAGAUAUCUGUAUCUUCAACUGCUGGGGAGCCAAGAAGAUUGUUUUACCUACGAAAUAAAUCUUUCGUAGACCAUGCUCCUCAGAAUGCAACAGAAAAUUUAGGAGCUUGUAACUUACUGAAACCAAUUGAGUAUUUCCUAUCUUAUGUCAGUGAGGAUUUUUUGGGAGAUAUUGCAAUGUAUACAAAUAUGAAAUCAAUUGAAACUACAGGUGCAUGUAUUAACACAAACAGCAAAGAAAUUGCCACUUUCAUAGGAAUGACAUUUGCUAUGUCAAUCAUAAAGAUGCCAAGAAUUAGAAUGUAUUGGCAGUCAAAAACUAGGAUCCCUUGGAUAGCUGAUAAAAUGGCAAGAGACAGAUUUUUCCGUCUCAGACAUUCGUUAAAGGUUAUUAAUGAUAACACUGUAUUGGAAGACGACAAAAAAGUGACAGGUAUGGAAAGUAAGACCUUUGUUGGAAGCAGUACGAACUCGUUGCAGCGAGUUGCCAAGGCCAUCGAAGGUCAGUAUUGA